AUGAUCUCAAAGAUCUUCUUCAUUGCUGCUGUCGUUGCUGUAUCUUCAGCGCGGCCCCAAGAUGGACAUGGUCAUGGUCAUGCUUACUCAUCGCAGAGUAUUGUAUUGCACCAAAGCCACCAUGAACCACAGCAACACGUGCCCAUCCACCACGAAGUAAAGCCUGUCGUGCUUGUCCACCAGCCUGUACAACAUCAUCACGAAUCUCCUAAACAUGAGGAGCAUCAUGUAGAUUAUUAUGCUAUCCCUAAAUACACAUAUGAGUACAAAAUCGAGGACCCCCACACCGGCGACAACAAGUACCAGCACGAGACCCGUGACGGUGACGUCGUCAAGGGUGUGUACAGUCUGCACGAAGCCGACGGCACCAUCAGGAUCGUCGAGUACACAGCUGACAAACACAAUGGUUUCAAUGCCGUCGUGAAACGUCAAGGUCAUGCGCAACAUAUCAUCCCCGAACAUCAUCAUCAUCAAUAG